AUGGCCCGUCGCCGAUCUGCACGCCUGGCCAGUACCGGCAAGCCCGAGCCCGUCGCGACGCCGCCCACAACUCUCGAGUCCGUCGUCGAACGCGAGGAGAGUCCUGUCAAUGAGCCUACUCAGAGUCUCAACGCCAUCAUGUCGUCCCCGGCCACUAACCCCCGAACCCCCUCGACCAGGUCGGUCGUGAAGCCGCCAAUGUCCGAGAUGCACCCCAGCAAAGCCCACCCCACCAUGGCAGCCCCGUCAUCUGCCUUACGCCUUGGCUUUACUGACAUCAAGCCCACCACCGCCGGCAAGCCUGGCUCUGGAAUCCCACACGCAACGGACUCCACCCUUGGCCCCGAGGCCAAGCGUAUGAUGGAUGAGAUCCGUGAGGAGGCUGCCAAGAUCAAGGCUGGGCUCGCGGCCAAGCGUGAGCAGCAGCGCGUGGAGGAAGACCAGGUCAACGCGCGCAGGAUCGCCCAGCCCAAGGGCAAGGCUGGCCGCUACUCUGCCAUUCACAUGGCCGAGUUCAAGAAGAUGGAUUCCAUCGAGAACCAUCCCUCUGCUUUCCGAGCCAGCAAACACGCCUCUGUCGCUGCCCCCAAGACGGGCAUCAAGCGCUCCCAGUCGAAAGCGAACAUCGACGACAGCGAAACUGCACGCGUCAACACUCCCGCCAAGCUCACAUCAUCCAAGUCGUCCAGGAAGGUCCACACGCCUGCAUGUGACCCAGAUUCUCCCGCGAAGCGAACCAAGCAGGGUGCCAAUGAUGAUGCUUCUACGAACCGGCCGAUCUCCAGAGACAGCAGCAACAUCCCUCGCCCGAGGACACCUGGCAAAGGCCCCCAUGGCAUACUUCUUUCCAAGUCCGCCAUCACGAACAUGAUGUCCCCCACCCAGGCGUCCCUUGCACGUGCAGCUUCUAUCAAAACCCCAACGACAGCUCGGUCCAUGCUCAGGUCGCCAUCAAAGAUCACCUUGACAGGCCUGAAGAAGUCUGCGACCGUUGGCGAUCUGGGCUCCAUUAGCGAUACAAAAGAGGGACCAUCAGCCAAGCUGCGAACCCCCAGUCGAUUUGAUAAGGUCAAAUCCAUGUUUGCUAAGCACAAGGGCAAUGGCUCUGCACACACGCCCGGUAUUCCCAAGCCGACCGUGGGAAUUUCCAAGACGCCAGCUCCUGUACGCGCACAGAACGAACUCCCUCCCGCUCCUCAGACUACCCCAGGCAAGAACAGCACCAGGCUUGGUCAAUUCACUCCUGCACCCAAGCAUGCUGCUCUGGCGCAGAACUCUCCGUCUCCUGUCAAGUCCGGCAUACCUCGCUCGAAGACGGCCAGCAAUCUAGUCAACUAUCCAUCUCUCGAUUCUGUGAUGAGCAACGCCACCGCUGAUCAUGUCUCAUACCCCGAUCUGUCGGGCUUCCGACCACUGCCCGAGCCCCCAACGGAGAACAAGUCCGACUCGGUGGACGACGAGAUGUCUGAGGAUUUGGAACGAGCUCCGGUGUCGGUUCCCGGUACCUUCACCUUUCGGAGUGAUCACACCAUCCGGUUUGGCGGUUCCUCCCCUAAGGGGUUUGGUGGCAGCUCCGGACAGUCCAGUGUGCGCCAGGUCCGUCCUUCUAUGAUGCCAGCCAUUCCCGGCGCGUUUCCAUCCUCCGACAUGCCCGCGACGGCUGCCCCGAAGGGCAAGGAGAACAUGCCACCCUACCUUCCGCAGAGUCCCUUCGACAUUAAGGCUUUCCCACACGGUGUAGGUAAUAGGAAGCGCCUUCGCGUUGAGGAUGAUGAGGAGGAGGCAGACAGGGAGGCAGCUGAACGCGCGGUGAAGAAGAUGAAGGCCGCUCGUGUUCCGGAGGGCGAGGCCCUUGUUGCGCCCAGACUUGCGUCGGCCCAGAAGCCACGCGUUAGGGGUCCAAGCAGAACUUUGUUGAAGACGCCUGCCAGGUCUGCAAUCAAGCCGACGGCCCCAGCCACGACCCCCGGCGGUCGCAAAGUCGCAGGAAUCAGCAUGAGCCGGCUAAGCUACCUGGCGACUCCCAAGCAGCGCAAGUGA